AUGGAGUCUGAACCGGGGCUGAUGUUUGUGCUGCUCCUCAGUCUGAUGUGGACGUCUCCACGGUCAGAACCUGUGGAGACCCUGGGCCCCGAGACCCCGGAGACCCCGGGCCCCGAGACCCCGGGCCCCGAGAUCCUGGACCCUGAGACCCCGGGACCCGAGACCCCGGGCCCCGAGACCCCGAGCUCCGAGACCCCGGGCCCCGAGCGUGUGGACUGCAAGGGUUCAGAGGUGCAGCCCUUGUUCCUGAUGGAGGGCGAGUCACUGUGGUUCGUCCCGGAGGACCUGGAGGACCUGGAGGACCCGGAGGACCCGGAGGACCUGGAGGACCCGGAGGACCUGGAGGCUCCGGUGACGUGGUUCUGGAACAGGUCGGGGGCCGUGGUGCCGCUGUCGUCGGAGGAGACGGAGCCCGUCCACGCCCACGGCAACGCGCUGUGUCUCCUCAACGUCACCAGGGGGAGCUCCGGCUGCUUCCUCGCCUGGUCGAAGGAUUCUGAAGUGAAGUCGGUGAGUGUGACCGUGGUUCCGGAGGACGACCCCGAUCGCUUCUUCUCUGUGAACGGACAGCGACACCAACAUCUUCAUCGAAUUGCCCCGGAAACGCCCCCAGCACCUGCGACCACACCAACGGCACCUUCUCCUGGUACAAGGCCCCACCCACCCACCGUACACCGUAGUCUUUUUGUUGUGGAGGCAGAUGGAACGAUCUGGUGCCUCCAGCUCCACGAGUUCAUGUUGGUCCAGACGUGACAGGGACUGUGUGGACUCCUGAAAACACUGAUACUCUGAUGCAGGAGCUCGAGUCUACGACAGGUCAAACUGUUCACAUUUACACACAUAUUUAACGCGUUUAACACCUUAUUUGAGGCGUAUUACAAACUUAUUUAACACGUCGAAUUAUUCUCCAUAUGAUAAUGAUCCUCCCACUGUUUUUCCACUCAGUGAGUUUAAAGUGUUUCAGCCGAUCACCGAUCAACACAAAGAGUCCAGAACAACAACACACCAUUUUUACUCUUAAAAAAUAAACCUCACACUGUGUAAAUCAUCGUCUAUCAAAUGGACCCAGUCAAGCAGAAGUAAACAUCAAGGCCAAAACUUCAAGUGAAUUCAUCUGAUAUAAAAGUGUAUUGAACAGAUACAUAUGUACUCGAGUUUAUCAAACUGUUGACCUUUUUUCUGUUCCAUUUUUGGUUCUAAAGUUCCAUCCGUUUUAAACAGACCAUGAAUGAAACAUGGAACAAAAAUUAUUUCCCAAAUUUCAAAGACCUGAAAACCAUGUAAAUAAAUGUUUGUAUUUCAUCAUAUCUUGUGUUA